UGAAAGCGCGCGAUGUGAUCAUUAUUCAUUUUCGUAUAUUUCGUAAUCACGCCGAGUCAGCAAAAGAAAUAAAACCUUAAACCAUUUCUCAUACUAAAAAAUUUGUAGAAGAGGAUACCGUUAUUAUACUGCAAAGAAAGCUACAUAUAUAACGAAAAAUGCCUGCUAGCAGUAUCAAUCUGUACCACAUGCAAGAUGCCAAAAAUAAUUUUGAAGCUAUGCGACCUGCCCCUGUUUGCACUGACACCAACAUAUUUAUGGGCCAAUGCCAGAAUAUUCACGUCUCAACGAAUUGCUAUUAUGGUUUUCAUGAUCCUAAGAGUAUUAAAAACAUUCGUGACAAUGCAGAUUGCGAAAUGGUAGAUGUGUCACAUGUUCCUGAGAUUAAAGCAAUACCGUCGCCGCAAAACAACGCUCGAAAAAGAAGUGCAGAAGACAGCACGUAUCCACAACAUAAACGCCUUCGAGAAGAGGGUAUGGUGCCAACGCCUUCAAACUACAACCCAUGUUUACUGCGUCCCACCCACAACAAUCCAGAUAUAUCUCGUUGUCUCAUGGUCCACAUGAUAUAGUUUAGUUAAAAUUCUGCAUAUCUAAAUUGUUAAUUUAAUUCAGAAAUGUUGAUUUUAUCUGCAGAAGUACAAAUAAAGAAAAGAUUAGAUCCUGAGACAAUUGAGAACAAGAAACUAGAAACUAGUUCAGAAGAUUUGUUGGAGAGUCUUUAUUGGAAUAUCCAUGGAGGGAACUUUUUUCAGUUGUUACAGUGUCUGUGA